AUGAGCCGCGGCCGCAACUUCUUCCGCGCCAUGGUCCGCGCCCCGCCGACCGGAAGCCGCUCCACCGCCGCCGCCGGAAGCGGCCGGUGUCCCGCGCAAAGGCGUCCGGGCUCGGCCGGAAGCCAGUUGGAGGCCGGGCCGGCCAUGUCGCGGACGGAUACGGGGAGGGCGGGGAGCUCGCGCCGGGGCGGGUGUCUGCGGCGUCCCCCGACAUGGGAGGUCUCGGACUCGGACGCCGAGGGCCCCGCGGGCGCGGAGGAGGGUGCGAGGGUGCCCGGCCCGGCGGAGGAGCGCAGGGCGGCGGCCAAGGCGCUGCGGCCCGAGCAGGCCCUGCGGCGCGUGGCGGUGCGCGUGGACCCAGCCGUUCUGGAAGAUGCUGGUGCUGGCAUCCUGCUGGAGGCCCUGAGCACUCUGGGCUGUGAGUACCAAGUGGAAACCCAGCGCCUGGCCCGGAGCCUCAGGUGGACCAGAGCAAAGCCGGAUUCUUGCCCCGGUACCGUGCCUUCUGAGGUGUGGGACGCAGGUGAACAGGAUUUCCUGCUGCUCCUGGAGCCGGAGGAGUUUCUGCAGGGCGUCAACCAGCUGACCCAGACCUGUGGCCCACCCUGCUCGGUACCGUGGAUCUCUCCUGAGGGCUCCACCAGCCCCCACGUAGCCGUCAUUGGGCUGGAUGCCUACCUGUGGUCUCACCAGCCCAGCAACAUCCACGAGACAAGGCAGCCGGAGACUGCAGCAGUGGCCCGUACGGCAGUGGCACUCAGCUGGCCCAGGGUGGAGGAGGCCCUGGUGCUCCUGCAGCUCUGGGCACACCUGGAUGUGCUGCUGGUGGCCUCCUGGCAGGAGCUGAGUCGGCACGUGUGCGCAUUCAGCAAGGCCUUCGCGCAGCGCCCUCGCAAGUGCGUGACCACCACCCUGACUGGUGGCUGCAGCCGGGAGGGGGGACAGGAGUGCCUGGAGAGGCAGUACCGGGAGUCCCGUGCCUUUUCCUUCUGCGUGGCUGGACGCUGGGCAGGGGGUGAGCGAGUGGCAAGAGAUGGCACAGGGCUUCGGGGGGUCUGGUGGCGGCAGAUCAGGCAGUUCAACCGGGUCAGCCCGGCCGUGGCCGAUGCUGUUGUCACCGCCUUCCCCUCCCCCCGCCUUCUGCAGCAGGCCUACAGGACCUGCAACACAGAGCAGGAGCGCACGGCCCUCCUGGCUGACCUCCCCGUGAAGACGGGCGAUGGUGCGCGGCCCCGCAGGGUGGGCCCUGACCUUGCCCGCCGCAUCUGCCUCUUCUUGACCACGACCAGUCCUGAGCUCCUGCUGGACCUGGGCUCCUGACCACGUCCGCAGGACCAGAAGGGGGUACGCCGCCUGCCCUGCCUAGCGGGUUAACUGGAAACUACCACAGGCCGAGGGAAGGGAACAGCGCUGCACGUGGGGGAUGGGAGGGUGGAAUGCUCAGUCAGGUCUGGCCCUCUGGCCCCCUGGCCCCGAAGGGGUGGUGCCGGGAGGAGCAGGAGAUGACGCUCUUGCCAGGAGCUGCCACGCUGGCUGGAGAGGGUGGCGUUGAGGUUCCCCUGCCCUGGGUCCUGUCCACGGCGGCUACGGGCCUGGUGCCCCAGCGGAAUGGUCAGGAAGGGGAAGAAGCGGUAAGAUGGGGUCUUGCGGGAGGAAAGGCAGCCAGGGUGUCUCCUGGAAAGCACCGUAAUGCAGCUGGACCUGAUAAGGAAAGAGCCCCAGGCCUCGUCCCGCCACCACUGCGAGGCGUUGCCCAAACGCCGAGUUUAUUAGGGUCAUUUCAGCCUGGGACGGGAGAAACAGCAGCUGACGACAUGCAAAAGGCAAGUUAAGAAAGAGCCCCGGCUGGCGGCAGCCGCGGUGCCGCCCCUGACGUGUGUCCUCCGCAGCCCACAACAGCCGCCCGGGCCCGCGGUCAGUCCCAAAGAGCCAGGACGGCCGCCCCCACACCCAACGCAGGAAGCAGGUGCCCUUGGACGGUUCUGCUUUCAGGAGCGCAGGGCCUGUCCCAGCCUCGGGUGGCAGAGGGACGGACCUCAGCUCCGUCCUGUCUGCUGCCCUGGAGCGUGGCCCAAAAGGGAGGGACGGAGAACGCGCCACCUCGGCCCGGAAAAGCAGUUUUCGUUGGAAAACAAGUUAGGUCCGUCGGCAGCGCUUCCUCUGGCAGCGCCGGGUCUCAGGGCCGCCGGGAUCGGCCAUGGCCUUGGGCGAGGGCGCAGGGGGCUUGUGGCGGCCACAGCUCAUGCUCAGGACCCAGCCCAGCUUGUGGCGCAGCACCUGCUUCAGGCCGGGCGGCAGGGGCAGACCCUCCAGCGUGUCCCCGGAGUCGGGCCGCAGCUGGCGCAGGCGGUAGCAGCACAGGAACUGCAGGGACGUGACGCUGGCGCACGAGCGGAUCACCUUCAUGCUGCUCUUGGCCGCGGUGGAGCACACCAUCGGGUAGAACUUCUUGUUCUGCAGCUUGGUGGCCGCCACGCCUGCGGGAGCAGGGAGCAUAGCCUGAGCUCUGGCCCCCUGUGGGGGCUGCGUGUCCCCCGACGGCAUCUGAGGACACGGACAUCCCUGACGACUCUCGCGCCGGGGAUCCCGGCGCCUCAGGCUUCUGUGAGGACAGCCCCUUGGGGGGCCUGGGGUGCUUGGCCUGGGGCUCCAGCUGCCGGCCCCGGGGGCCCGGGCCCAGCCGCCCUCACCUAUGCACUUCCUGUUCUUGAAGAAGGUCAGCGUGCCGUGCCAGGUGUCCAGGUGCACACCAAUGAUGGAGCCCUGGCCGAAUCUCGACGAGAAGCUCAUCUUGUCGCCCUUGUGGUGGAGGAGCCCUGGGGGGGGGGGGGGGGGGCGGCGGAGGGGUGAGCCAUGCCGCCCCGGCCUCCCACCCGCCCCACCGGCCGCAGUGCCCCGCGCACCCGUAUAGGAGAGGCCCCAGCUGUCCUCGUCCCUGCCGAGCAGGCUGCAGAAUGUGUGGUGAUACUUGUCCAGA